AUGAGGCGGCAGCACCUCCUCGGCCACCUCUCUCUCCUCUCACUCGCCCUUGCGGCCAACGGCGAGGCUGCGGCCGCGCUCUCCUCCUCGUCGUCACCGCCGCCGCCUCCUGCCGAUCGCGGCCGCCGGGCUUUUGCAGGCCUGCUGGCCGGCACGCUCUCGUCGGUGCUCUUCCAGCCCUUCGACGUCGUCAACACGCGCAUGCAGGUCGCACCUGCGGCCGCGCGGGCCGGUAUGCUACGCACCGCCUCUGCAGUGUGGCGGGAGGGCGGCGCCGCGGCUCUGUGGGCGGGCACAGUGCCGUCCGCGGUGCGGCUCGCGGGCGGGAUCAUGCUCUACUUCGUCUUCCUGGGCGAGGCGGAACGAGCCGCCCGCGCCGCCUUCGGCGAGCUGCGCGGCGCCGCCAAGGGCGCCCUCGACUUUGCGCUCGGAGGUGGCAGCCGGACAGCGGCCGCGUUCAUCUUCUGCCCAAUAACAGUGCUCAAGACGCGCGCGGAGCUAGGAGGCGGCGGCGGCGGCGGUCUGCUCGCCCAGCUCGCUUCGCUCGCCAGGCGAGAGGGCGCAGCCGGCUUGUGGGCGGGCAUCGGCCCCUCUCUCGCGCGCGACGUGCCCUACUCUGCCGUGUCGCUCCUCCUCCUCCGAUACCUGCAGCAGAGGCUUCGCGCGCUGGGAGGGAUACCAGAGCGGCUGGCAGCACUGCCGGCGCUCUCGGCGCUGCUGCGGCAGCGCGGCGCCGGAGCCCUGUUUGUGGGCUCGAAGGCGCGGGUGUGCCGGCGCAUGCUGAUGCAGGCGCUGUCGUGGGGCAUCUUCCAGGCGGUGGUCGGGUAG